AUGAACAACGAAGCCAUCUACAAUCGGCACAUGGCCAAGGCAAAUAGGGCAUUGACAUCGCUCGACAGCAUACGUUGCACGUUGGCAGAACUCUCAUAUGCGGCUUCAUUUCUUUUAAACUUCAUUUUGGGUAAGUUGCUCCACAUCGUCUCGCAGCAAGAGGAAGUUUACAACUAUUACAAUGACAAGGGCAAUAUCUUUAACCAGUUGUUUGUUAAGAAAGGCUGGGGAUGGACGACUUUUGUAGUGGUGCUAUUUUACAGUGUGGAGAUGUACAGACGGCCCAACGGCAAGGUAUUGGCUGGUGCUGUGGUACGAUACAUUUUGGCAACCAUCUGGUGGAUCGCCUUCACGCAGUGGUUCUUUGGACAUCCAAUUAUGGAUAAAGUGUUUUUGAUGACUGGAGGCAAGUGUGCAAACAUUGCUGCUGAUAGGUUACAUCGACUCGAUGUGCUGAUGGUUAGUCUUUUCCAGGAAUUGGAUGGCAAGUUUGAGUCUCGAAACGUUUCUUCUGCCACUUGCCGUCGCGUGCGUGGAACCUGGGAAGGUGGCCAUGAUCCGCUGGGUCAUGUUUUUUUGCUUGUACAUUCGUCUCUUUACUUGUUUCAUGAGAUCAAGCCCUAUUGGCCAGGGUGGAAGAUGUUCAUUCGCCAGAUUCAGGUCAAUGUGAGAGCGCUGACGAAAAGCGUUGUUGAACGUGUCUCUGGAGUGAUUCAGACGACGCCGCAGGUGGCAGUCGUUGCGCUUCUUCUGUUGUGGUGGUUUAUGCUUCUCAUGACCAACAUGUAUUUCCAUCUGUUGGCGGAGAAGUUGGUGGGAUUGCUCUUUGGCUAUGCGGGAGUGAUUGCGGUGUACUAUGUUCCCAGAUGGGUGAGGGCUAAGCAGAAUGUGGUGGAGAGAAACGAGAGGGAGAUAUUAAAGGGGGAAAGAAGAUAG